AUGGAUGUAUUUAAACAGGGUAUGAAAGGUCCAACAAGGCCUGCACCUAGUGUACCAGGAAUGGUUACCAGGUACUCUCCAGUAACUAAUUGGAAUGAUGACCCUUUUGAGGCAGAUGUGUUUGAACCACAACCAUAUUCGCAAAAGAAGAAACCACCUCCUAGGCCACCACCACCCAAUAUACAGAAACAAUCAGAUGUCCUAAACAAACCUUCACAUUUUAUACGUAGACCAACAGUCCUUUCUUCUCUUUUGUCUCGGAAAAAUAAAAAUACAGUGAACCAUCCAAGUGCUAACAACCAGUCUAAUGUGUUAACAAAUAUAAGUAGUGAAGUGGACACUAAUAAAAUGUUUCCCAAGUGUGAUAAAGUUAAUAUACAAACCGGAACUCUUAUAGAUUUGUCAUCACCACCUAGUUCUCCUACUUUCACAACUAGAUCCAGUAGUGAUGGUGUCAGUGUUGACAGUUUUGGAUCUGAUGCUACAACAUCAACGAAUCAUCAUAAUGCAUUUAGUGGAGGAAAUGCUUCUCAAGCUGAGAGUGGAUUUGAAGAUGACUUUGAGCUCUUCGUAAAUACCCGAAAACCACUAAGCAAAGAGGAUACAUUAGAAGAUUUUUCAACUGUUGACCCAUUUUCUCCCCCAGUUAUAAAUAAACCUACAACUAUGAAAAAAUCAUUAUUUAGUUCAGAUUCUUUUGAGACAUUGAGUAAUGCAAGUAGUCAAUACUCGGUUCCUCCAUUUAAAGGACCAACAAUAAUUCGUGCAAAGCCAGCAAGACCUAAGCCACCAGAUAACUCUGCACUGUUAAAAAGCACAUUUGGAAGCAAUUUCCAAACAACCUCAAUGAAUGUUAACACUACUACUCCUAUUCAGAAAAUUGGCAAUGGUUUUGUAGAUAAUGUGGAUUCAAAGGCGAUAAGCUGGGAGCACGAAGGAUCUCCAGAAAGAGAACCCACACCGCCCAUGCCGACUAUCCCACCGCCACCGCCACCGGUCAUCGAAGACGACUUACCAGAAGUAUGGCCAGAUGAUAUCCCAGAUUUGGAGUCAUUAGAAAUAUCUGAUGAAGAGGAGCAACCGUACGCCGUUGCACUAUUUGAUUACUUCACAGAUCAUCAGGAAGAUUUAUGUUUUUCAGCGAAUUCGAAGAUUACAUUGAUAAGGCGAGUGAACGAUGAAUGGUUGUACGGAAGAUUGAGAAGUGGUGCAGAAGGCCUUUUCCCGUCCAAUUACGUAGAGGUCAAAGUACCGCUACCAAACGAGAGGCCAGCUGGGAUUGGUCAGGCGAUAGCAUUAUACGACUUCGACCCAGUGCAAACAGGCGACCUAACGUUCAGAAUAGGGGAUAAAAUUGCUGUACUCUCGAAAAUCAACGAUGAGUGGUACUUCGGUGAGUGCAAUGGCCUGAAAGGACAAUUUCCCGCGAAUUACGUUCAAAUGAGU